AUGUGCCAGCUACCUCCCACUCCCCCCUGCUCCACAUCCUCGAGGAAGCGGCUUUCUUCUCACUCGGGCUCCGUCUCCUCCGCCGUGCCUUCGCCCUCCACCCGCGCGUCGCCUCCGCGGGCCUCUACUAACCCCGGACCUGCUCUCUCCCCCGACCCUCCAUCGGACCGCCGACUACCCUCCUCGCGCGCGCCCAGCCUCUCUGCCACCCACGCGCCCUGCCUCGGGUCAACCCGCGUCCCUUUCACUACUUCCCCAUUCCGGCGCUCGCCUGAUAGCCCUCACCGCCCCUCUUCCGCGCCUGCCCCGCCCCCCCCCCCUUAA